AUGUGUCAGAAGAAGGAGAAACCAAGUGGAAAAGAUUCGAAAGAGAAGAAACCAAAGCAGAGUUCAUCAUCCACAUCCAAGAAUGAUCAAAAUACUUCAUCCUACACUGAUGGCAUAAAUUUUCCUCCUCAGGAAGUCGAAGAGGAAGGCGAUGAGAAGGAGGGAAAGAUGGAAGCAAGGAGGAAUCAGAGGAGCGAACAAAUGCAGACUGAUACCUCCGUGACUGAUGAUAAGAAACAAAAGAAGCUAGAGAAGAAGAAGAAAGAAAGAUUAGCGAAUGCAAAGAUCAGUGAGGACUUGAAGAACGACCGUGAUGCAUUCACGGUUGUUAUUGGAAGCAAAGCUUCGGUGCUCGAAGGAGAAGACACAGCUGAUGCGAAUGUUCAAGAUAUAUCCACCGGUUCUUUUUCCGUUUCGGUUUGUGGGAAAGAACUCAUGAAGAACGUAUCUUUGAAGCUAUCACAUGGAAGAAGGUAUGGUUUUGUAGGGAAGAAUGGAACUGGGAAGUCUUCACUGUUGAAGCUUUUAGAAUGGAGGAUGAUUCCAGUUCCCAAGAAUAUCAGUGUUCUUCUCGUCGACCAAGAAGUGCCUAGUGGUGAAACGAGUGCUCUGGACUUAGUUGUUUCCGCCAAUGAAGAGUUGGUUAAGCUACGUGAAGAGGAUAAAGCUCUGCAGAAGGAUUCGUCUUCUGGAGUAGAUGAUGAUGAUUCUGGAGAAAAGCUUGCUGAAUUGUACAAGAGGCUAGAGGAUUUGGGGUCAGAUUCUGCUGAACCACGUGCGUCCAAGAUUCUUGCGGGCUUAGGUUUCACAAACGAUAUGCAAGUGCGUGCAACUCAAUCGUUCAGUGGUGGCUGGAGGAUGAGAAUAUCGUUAGCUAGAGCUCUCUUUAUGCAACCUAGUCUUUUGUUGUUAGAUGAACCCACAAACCAUCUCGACCAUAAAGCUGUUUCAUGGUUAGAAGAGUACUUGUGUUCCUUGAAGAAAACGCUUGUUGUUGUCUCACAUAACCCGGACUUCCUCAACAAAGUCUGCACAAAUAUAAUACAUCUGCAUGACAAGAGUCUCGACUUCUUUCGUGGUAAUCACGACGAUUUCAAAUUUGCAUAUGAGAAGCAAUGCAAUGAGGUGAAGAAAAAGUUUGAGAUUCAAAGGAAACGAGAUGAAGCAGCUAAGAGGUCUGGAAACAAGGCUCAACAGGAGAAGUUUGCAGAGAGAAAAACAGCUAAGGGUAAGACAAAGGGUAAGGAGAUGGAUGAAGAAGGCCCAACACCACUAAAACCUCCAAGAAAGCUGAAAAGUAUCGUGUUAGAUUUUCCAGAACCAACCAAACUCCCUGAUCCUCUUCUGAAACUAAAGGUUAGCUUCUGGUACACUGAAAAGCCAGAGUUCAAGCUCUUAGAUGUUGAUCUAUGUAUCAAUAUGGGUACACGGGUCGCUAUAGUUGGGCCAAACGGAGCUGGAAAGUCCACUCUGUUGAAACUUAUUGCGGGAGAUUUAGUUCCAACCGAAGGUGAAGUGUUAAGAAGCCAGAAGCUGAGGAUUGGCAUGUACUCUCAGCACUUUGUUGACCAGUUAACUAUGGAGGAAACACCGGUUAAGUAUCUUCUCCGCCUUUGUUCUGACCAAGAGGAAUUUAGCAAGGAAGAACCGGUACGUGCAAAACUAGGCAAGUUUGGGCUACCAGGUCACAGACACGUAGCUUCAAUCUCGGAAUUGUCAGGAGGAGAAAAGGCUAGAGUUGUGUUAGCCUCGAUCUCAAUGUCGAAGCCACACAUUCUGCUUCUUGACGAGCCAACAAAUCACUUAGACGAGCAGACUAAAGAUGCGUUGGCGAAAGCAUUAGAUGAGUUCACAGGAGGAGUUGUGUUGGUGAGUCACGAGCCGGGACUCGUAUCACUUGUCUGUAAAAAUGUGGACAAGAGUGAAAUUUGGGUCGUAGAGGACGGAACCGUGACUGUCUUCCCAGGCUCAUAUGAAGAGUACAAGGAAAAUCUAUAA